AUCAGGAAGAAGAAGAAGAAGAAGAAGGGAAGCGCUUUUCACGUUGUGCUUGUUUUCUCUUCCCAGGUUCCGCGAGGGUCGUUCGUAGCAAUUAGAGAAGUGAAGUCUUUUGAUACAUCUUUGGUAUUAAAAAUGUCGAACACUAGGUUCCAGACUUUUCGUAAUUUUUUAACAGAGCGAUUUACUACCGUAGCUGUGGAGAUAUUUGAAGAAGUCGAAGCAAUUGUAGAGGCGUGCUACGAGGAAAACAAACGACUGCGGAACAUUUUGCACAUGGUCGUCAACCCUGAGUUAAAGUUACAUAAGAUAGAUGACGGUCAAUACAUGGGCACAAACACUAAUGUCAGAAUUCAGCCCCUUGAUCUGAACACUGGGGUGAAGUGGGAAAUAUCAGAGCCCUGUUCAAAAAAACCUAAACAGGAGCCAGCUGAAUUUGACAUAGGUUGUGGAUCAGAACAACAACAAGUACCGGAGGGAACUGUGAAAGAUGACCCAGAAGAAGGCACAAAUACGUCCUGCAUCACUAACUCCUUCCCCCUUCAAGUGGUGGAGUACGACCCUGACUCUUCAGACACUGUUCAGGAAGAAAAUGAUGAGCAUGAGGAAAGUUCUUCAGUGGCCUCAGAUGCAGUCACAGAGAGUGAGAGGUUCUCCAGCAGUGAAGAAAGCACAGAUGAAAAUCAGGAACCUCAUACACACAGUAAUACAUCAUUGACAAAGCUGAUAAUGAAGCACCCUCUGCAGAGACCCAUGCUACAAUUACCACGUAUGAAAAAAUCUUUCAAUGCUACACCACCAGACUACCGGUCCUUUUUGGCAAGACUCACCGAAGCCUUUAAGAAUUUUCCUGAUGACAAGAAGCCUCUGAUAACCAAAAUGGGCCUCACAGCGGAUGUGGAAUUGGUGGACUGUGCUUUUGGUAAAGUUCCUAAAGGCUGCCCCCUGUCCUACCAGUGCCCUGUGCCAUCAAGUAAGGAUUACAUGACUUCUGACGAUGCUCCCACUCGACCACUGCUUCCACUGUCUUUCCACAGGCUUGAACCAAUGCCCCCACUUUUUACCCUCAGUCCCAAGGAGCAGGAACAUGUGAAUGUUAUGCAGAUCACUUGGGAGGCAGCAAGCAACUUGGAGCACUCCACACGUGGAAACAAGACCGCCAUAGAGGAGCUGCAGAAACUGCGCUUGACCAACCGUUUCAAGGAGAUCUGCAAACUUAAACCAGGACAGAGCCAUGCACAGCAGCUUGUAUUGAAGAUACAGAAAGGGACUCAAAGGAACAAGACGGCUCAGAUAGAGGAGGAGAUGAAAACUGAGGCACUCUGGGAGUACUGUCAGCAUUUAUGUGUCAACUGGUACCCCUGUGGUUUGGUUGUGCACCCGAAUGCUCCGUGGCUGGGGGCGCUGCCUAACGGGCUCGUGUACGACCCUAAGGAGGAACCCAAUUUCGGGCUGGUGCAUGUCAAAUGCAUCGGGUUCUCAAGCUUCAAGGAGUGCCCGUUUCUUGCCUGCCGGGAGGGAGUUUUGCAAAUGAAAAUGAGCCACUCAUCCUAUUGGCACAUCCAGGGAGAGAUGUUGGUGACAGGCACAUCUUGGUGUGAUCUGGUUGUGGUCUCCAGAGAAGAACUGCUGGUUCAACGCAUCUACAGAAACCUGCCCUUAAUUAAUGUAAUGAAAAAGAACUUGCAUGCUUUCUUUCACUGUUACUACCUGCCAAGUCUUUUAAAUUGAUGUCAUAGCUUGAGUGAUUGUGGCAUCACCAUGUUGCUGUCAUACACUACAUGUUGUUUUGCUCAGGUGGGUGGUUGGUUGUGAGUUUUAAAACACUAUCUCACUUGAAUGUAUUAUGUUUCUUGACCUCAAAUGUUCUGUUGCCAUUAUUAGCAUGUAACCUUUAUUAUUAGUUUCACCGAGUGUAGUUUUGGUUCAUGUGCUCUCUCGUUCUAUUACGUUUGUAUUAGCUUUAGAUCUACUUAGAUAUUUUCUUUUACUUUAAGGUGAUUUGUGACAUAGCCAGAUCCUUGAUGUAAUUAGAAAUUGAAUUUGACUUUUUAUUUGCUAUGUUUACUUUUGUUCUUAUGACUCUACAAAGGUGCUCUGUGGGUGGGUGUGUGGGUGUGUUGGGGGGCAUCUACUGUGAAGAUUAGCUUCAUUACUGAACAAUCUGCCCAUCACUCUUUAUUAGAUUAAUAAUUAGUGUAUGAAAUGUCAAAAAACUGUUUAUGAAGACUGCACAGUCUCACAAGCUCAGUUUGAUUAUGUAUUCAGUUUACCAUACAAGACACAAUACAGCAUUAUUCACAACAAGAGAAUAUUUGUCUUUAAUGACUUAGAUAAUUGAUUACUAAAAUGGUUGCUAAUCUUCUGUAAGUUGCUUCAGUGGGAGCACCUCUGUCGUGUUUGUUGAGUAAUGAUCAGUCAAGUUUUAAGUCGCCGUAAGAAGUACAGUAGUUUCAAAGGUUGGCACGAAUGUGAAACUUCAAGUGCUGAGUCCAGUGAGAAUGUUACUGUAGCUCUGGAACAGAGCAGGACUUGGAGCAGAAAGUGUGAAUGUUCAUCAAUUACGUUUUUGUCCAUAGUUUUGUAAGCACGUUGCUGAACCCCAGUGUUCAGUUUGGGAUUCUGGACACCCCAGUCCCUCUGGAAAGUACAUGGUUUAAUCAGCAUGAUUUUGUUUCAGAAAUGUCUGAUGGGGAAUGAAGCAUUACUCCUGUUGGGAGUCUCAGGGACCCCAGCCAUAAAACACGGUAAAAUACAAUAUACAACCAUUUUAAAAAAGCUAUACAGCACCAGUCAGAAGCUAUGGCACCCUUUGCCUUUAUGUUGAUCGGGAAGGUGAGUUCAUCCUUUGACUGCUACUGAAUAUUUUUACAGUGAUUUCCUUCCACGUCUUGUGAUUAUGUAGAGUAGCAUUUCUCUGUCUCAAUGAAAAACGGAAUACGACUACAAAUAUAGAAAUAUACAAAGUAUAAAAAUAAACUAAGGAAAAACAUGAAAUGUUUCCAUAUUUGGUGUA